CUGACCAGCCCAUUUACCGGCUCUUUACCCUCUCUUUCCCUCGAACGCCGCCAGCCGCUGUAUCUUGUCUUCCCCAUCAACCGGUGCCUAAACCCUACCUUCUCCCCGCCGCCACUAUGUCGUCGGAGCCUCCACCGGCCGCCACCGAAGAGCUGGCGGCCGACCUCUCAGCCGCAGCCACCCUCAGCAAGAAGCAGCAGAAGAAGGACGCCAGGAAGGCCGAGAAGGCGGCGCAGCGCCCGCAGCAGCAGCAGCCGGCGGCCGACGCCGAGGACCCAUUCGCGGCCAACUACGGCGACGUCCCCGUCGAGGAGAUCCAGUCCAAAUCCAUCUCCGGCCGCUCCUGGACCAAGAUCAGCGACCUCGACGACGCCGCUGCCGGCCGCUCCGUGCUCAUCCGCGGGUCCGCGCAGGCGAUCCGACCCGUCAGCAAGAAGAUGGCCUUCCUCGUGCUGCGCCAGAGCAUGAGCACCGUGCAGUGCGUGCUCGUCGCCAGCGCAGACGCUGGGGUCAGCACGCAGAUGGUGCGAUUCGCCACCGCCCUCAGCAAGGAGUCCAUCGUCGACGUCGAGGGCGUCGUCUCGCUCCCCAAGGAGCCACUCAAAGCCACCACACAGCAGGUGGAGAUUCAAGUGAGGAAGAUCUAUUGCAUCAACAGGGCGAUCCCGACCCUUCCAAUCAACCUUGAGGAUGCAGCAAGGAGCGAGGCAGAAUUUGAAAAGGCUGAACAAGCUGGAGAGAAGCUUGUACGUGUUGGCCAGGAUACCCGCCUGAAUAAUAGAGCUAUUGAUCUGCGCACACCUGCAAACCAAGCAAUAUUCCGAAUCCAGUGUCAAGUUGAAAACAAAUUUAGGGAAUUCUUUUUGUCCAAGGACUUUGUUGGUAUUCAUACCCCAAAACUGAUUUCUGGAUCAAGCGAAGGGGGUGCAGCUGUAUUCAAGCUGCUGUACAAUGGUCAGCCUGCUUGUCUAGCGCAAUCCCCUCAAUUAUACAAGCAAAUGGCUAUAUGUGGUGGGUUUGAACGUGUAUUUGAGGUUGGUCCUGUAUUUAGAGCGGAAAAUUCCAACACCCACAGGCAUCUUUGUGAGUUUGUUGGUCUUGAUGCUGAAAUGGAGAUAAAGGAGCACUAUUUUGAGGUUUGCGAUAUUAUAGAUGGCUUAUUUGUGGCAAUAUUUAAACACUUGACUGAAAACUGCAAGAAGGAACUUGAGACGAUAAAUAGGCAGUAUCCAUUUGAACCUCUGAAAUAUCUAGACAAAACCUUGAAGCUCACUUACGAGGAAGGAAUUCAAAUGUUGAAGGAAGCUGGAACAGAAAUCGAGCCUAUGGGUGACCUCAACACUGAAGCUGAGAAAAAACUUGGUCGGCUUGUCAGAGAAAAGUAUGACACAGAUUUCUUCAUUCUCUAUCGAUAUCCUUUGGCUGUACGCCCGUUCUACACCAUGCCUUGUUAUGACAACGCAGCAUACAGCAAUUCUUUUGAUGUCUUCAUUCGAGGUGAGGAAAUAAUUUCUGGAGCACAAAGGAUACAUACACCUGAGCUGUUGGCCAAACGUGCAACUGAGUGUGGAAUUGAUGUGAGUACCAUUUCGGCGUACAUCGAAUCAUUCAGCUAUGGUGCACCUCCCCAUGGUGGUUUUGGUGUGGGCCUGGAGAGAGUCGUGAUGCUGUUCUGCGCCCUAAACAACAUCAGGAAGACAUCACUCUUCCCUCGUGACCCACAGAGGCUUGUCCCAUAAUUUCCUUUUUCCAGAAUCAAGGCUGGUCCCAUUAUGAAGUGUACACCUUUUCCAUAUUGCCAUUAUCUUCACCAACAUCCAACCUCAGCUACUGAAACAAGAAAUAACAUGACGCAAUGCAGUUCACUGUUUUGGCAAAAUGGUGCUGAAAUGUGGUUCAGUUACAUUCACAAAGCCACUUGUAUUUAUCAAUUACUAGUUUGAUGAAAGCCAGUGAAUGAUACAGUACCCUUUGUGGAUUGCUGCUGCUUCUCUUGUGGGUUUUCUCACUUUUUCA